UCACCACUUCACGCGAGGAUUCUCAGACCUUGCAGCCAUCCAAUCGUGUGUGCACCUCUCUGUGCUGCCUCUCUUAAGAGCAUGCACGUGUGUGUGCUCCUCCUCUCUCCCCUGUACCGGUGUGAGUGAGCGAUCGCGUCUAUGUCGGACAGCAUUCCGCUGGUCGUCUCGUGGCGUCUCGUGCCGACGAUUUCGAUCACGACGCACACCACCACCGUGUCCCUUGUUGUACUUGUUGUUCUUGCCCUUGUUAUUGUCCUUGAUGACACGCACCUUCUCCUUGCGCUCGACCUCAUCGAGGUGGCUCUUGAGUAGCUCUGCGGCGCGCUUCAUGCGGUGGCUGCUUGGGAAGAGGGUGAUGCUGUACAUCUUCUUGUCGUGCGUCAGCCGCUUGCAGUCCCAGUGGAGGUGGCCGUCGUUGAGGCAGUACUUGCAGUUGAUGGAUUCACCACCAUCGGCCGCCCCUGCACCCUCGUCGACGUCCAUUGGCGCAACAGCAGCACCGACGCCUAUGCUCGCGUCUUGCCCUGGCGAUGCCCCGAUCAUCGCCGCAGCUGUCUCGAGCUUGCGCACCCUCUCCAUGGCAUCGUCGAGGGUGACGUCGCUCUUGAUGAUUUUCUCGCUGAUGGGCAGCUUGAAGGCCGUCGCACCACCUUGAUGUAGGCGUGCUUGAGCGCUGUGGCCGUGAGCACCUCCUUCUGCGCAUUGACCUUGCCGGCCAGGCGCUUGAACUCGCCGUUGUUGACCAGGGCCGACUUGGUGAGGUCCCAGAUGAAUGCGUCGAACUCAUGUUGGGCUGAGAGCUCGGCGAAGACGGGGUUGGACUCCCUCUUAGCCUUGAGUCUCUUGAAGGCCAGCACACCGUCGAACUCGUCGUAGGUGUCCUUGACGCCUGCCUCGUAUUGCUCGAGGAUGUACUUGGUGGAGCUGUCCUUGCAGGCGCAGACGAGCAAUAUGUGGAGCCGCUUGGCCGCUUGAAUGGAUGCCCUCAGCUUCUCCUGUUGCUUGUGAAUUUGCUUGAGCUCCUCCUCCCUCUUCUCCUUGGUGUACUCGGCCGUGAUGGGCUUGUCCUCGAUCUCCUGCUCAUGCGUCAGAAGCUCCUCGAGCUUCGUCUGCUGCACCGAGAUAGGCACGUGCUUAUCGAGCGCCGUGUCACGCAGAAGGGCAGAUUCCUCGAACCCCAGCAUGAUGCGGAAGUACCGUACUCAAUCAGGGUAGUCCUUCUCAUCUCCGGAGAAGGGCGCUACGUCGCUGGUGCUGAGCUUGACGUAGUCGCUCAUGGUAAUGGUAGAUCUCGUGGUGGAGCUUGGUCAGGAGGCGAGGGGAGUCGGGCGGCGAGUGUGGGGGUCUGAGGGGUGAGCGAGGGAGGCUGAAUGGAUGACGGGGUGACGAAGAUCUGGGCAGAUCUUGGCUCAGCAGCGACACCCAGAACGUCUUGCUGCGCCCAUGAGAGGAGAUGAGUGUGGCUGUAGAGGAUCGCUGUCGUUGCCCGUGAAGGCAACAGAUGAGCCAGAGGGACGCUUCACGAGAAGGAGGCAGAGUUCGGAGUGCUCAGGGUUCUCG